UCUCUGCGUUCCCAAUUCCGAGACCCUUUUUUCCUUCCGAGUGUGCAAAAGAUUCCCGGAACUGCGCUGCUUUGUGCACGGGUAACGAAAUUCGUCAAUCUUGUAUUAACUUUCGCUUCUCAGAUUUCAUCCAUGGCGUUUCUCGGAUCAGGCUUCGCUAGCGAGGUAGGAUUACGAGUAAUUCUCUCUCCGAUUGGUUCCAACAUAGUUCUUCGAACGGCAUGCUGCUCCAUUGGCAUCGGGAUACCUGUCUACUCAACCAUCAAAGCCAUCGAGAAGAAAGACCCUGAUGAACAACAAAAAUGGCUGAUAUAUUGGGCAGCUUAUGGGACGUUCAGCCUUGCGGAAGUGUUUGCGGACAAACUUAUUUCUUGGUUUCCGCUGUAUUAUCACGUGAAGUUUGCGUUCCUUGUUUGGCUUCAACUUCCUACCUUCGAGGGAGCGAAACAAAUAUACAACCACCAUCUCCGUCCAUUCUUUUUGAAGCAUCAAGCUCGAGUGGACAAACUCGUAGAUGCUACGUACGAUGAAAUGGUCAAAAUCGUUACAGCGCACCAAGGAGAAAUCCGGUUUGCCAAAGCAGUGUAUAUCAGAAUGAUUGAAUCACUAAGGGGUAGUAGUAGCAGUCAUCCAAAUGAACCGCAAGGACAAAUCUCGAACCAAAGCAGCGCACCACAGACGGCAACAAAUUCAGAUUCGGAAUCCGAACAUGAAGACUGAUGGAUUCCUAUUCGGUAAAUAUCUAAUGUCCCUCUAAUCAUACAACAGUUUGGUGUUUUCGAGUUUAAUCUGUUGGAUCGAUGCUGCUACGUCUACAAAUUAAAAAGGGUCAAAGACUGUAUAGUGUAUAACACAGAAGAACCGUACUACUUGUGAGAAUUCCCAAUGAUCCCAUAAGCUAUGUGUUGUUACUUGGAUACUGUUAGCUAUUUUGCUUCA